CAUGACAUCACUUAUACGGGUAGGAUACAUGAAAGUGGCUGUUUCCAUCAACUCGCUGCUUCGCAGAAAUUAACUGAUGUUCACAGCAAAAUCCGGAAAACCGCAUACUAUCGGAGAGAAGUUAAUUUUGCCAGCCGUUGAAGAGGUUUUGAAAACUGUUUUACACAAACCUGCAUCUGAUAUCAUUAAAAGAAUUCCAUUAAGCAACAAUACUGUUGAAAGACGUAUUGAUGAAAUGAGUUCUGAUAUUGUAAGCUCCUUAUGUAAUUAUUUGCAAACGACCCAUUUCUCUAUACAACUGGACGAGCAUAUGUUCGUUUUAUUAUGA